CGAUCCCAGGUGGAAGCUAAACAGAAAGUACAACAAGCAUUACAUAUGUUGACGUUAUUCACAUUGGGGACCAUUUGUCUGGUUUGCUACUCAAGCGAGUUCGAGACAAUGUUUAUUAAACAGCGUGACUUCCCGGGCGGACCGAGUGAAUGGUUAAAAAUCCACUUUGCCAUACCGGCCAAUAUCCUAGGCAGGGUCGUGCUCUCAACCUGCGAUAUCCUGACUGACAGCAUUCUGCUGUACCGUCUAUGGAUAAUUUGGGGUCGAAGCUAUCGCAUCGCGGCGAUUCCUUUUUUGAUUCUGUUAUUUUGCUUGGGUACCUGGGUUAGCUACGGAUGUACUGGCCGCUCCACUAAACCUGGCAACAACAUCUGGUCAGGAGAGGCCGUCCCAUGGAACAUCGCGUCCUGGUCUGCCUCCAUUUCUCUAAACGUUGUCGUUACGUUGGGCAUCGUCUACCGACUCCUUUACAUGCGCAGGUUGAUGCGUACAACGCUCCCAAUGCGUAAUGCACAAAUGUAUACGUCUAUUACUGCGAUGAUCAUCGAGUCUUCGGCUAUUAAUACUGUCACCUAUAAUGCCUUCCUCAUAUCUUAUGUCGUGGAUAGUCCGUUUCAACGAGUAGUCCUUCCUGUGCUUACUCAAGCCAUGUGCAUUGCACCCGAACUCAUUAUUCUCCGAGUUGCAUUGGGUCAGGCAUGGUCCCAUCAAACU